AUGAAGAAAGCUCAAUACCGGUACCGUCCUUUGGAGGAUGACGAGACAAUUCGAAUACUGACACUAGAGCCUGGCAAUUACGACGAGCCACUCCUAGGUAGACUAGAGGUUGUUCCGAUCAAUUCUCCAGGGAGCUAUGAGGCAUUAUCCUACGUCUGGACAGAUCCAGAACUACCGAAUAAUACACACGAGAUCCUGAUUCAGGACGCUAAAGGCGGGGAAGGAUUUCUUGGAUUUGAUGGAGGGUCUGUAUCUGCAGCACUCCGUUCUUUACGAUCUCCCAGAGUAUCACGUCGAAUAUGGGCCGAUCAGUGUUGUAUUAACCAGAAGGACCAAAUGGAAAGAAGCAAGCAGGUGAAAUUCAUGAAUAGAAUAUAUCGCGAUGCAAGUCAGGUCCUAGUAUGGCUUGGUUUGGAUACGCAACAGGUAGCAUCGCCAGCUUUCGGUCUCGUCCACGAUCUAGACGGACUUCUCGACAAUCCUUCCUCAGACCUUGGCGCCCGCUUAGAAACGUACAUCGCGGAUAAGCGAAAGCCGUUGCAAGCGCUAACAAACCGGCCCUGGUUUAAGCGCGGAUGGAUUGUUCAAGAGAUUGGAACGGGAACGCCAGCGACGAUGAUAUGGGGCGAAGCCACCUUGGACUGGGACAAAUUGGCCACAGUUUGCGAGAAGCUCAAGUGCUAUCAUUAUCUCCGUAGCACAUUGGGUAUCACCACCUCCGACAUAUCCUUCCUAUUCCGGCGGUUCGUUGAGCCCGAUGAAAAGACAUAUCAUGCGAACCGCUUCAACUUCGUGUACGAACUCCAGCGAGCGCGUCAUCUCAAGUUCAGCGAUGACAGAGACCGCAUCUUUGCAUUUCUUGGUCACUUCUCUGUUUCAUCUCAUCAUCCGCUGAGCUGUGGACCGCUUUCGAUUACUACAGAUUACACAAAGACAGUCGAGGAAACGUAUAUCAACACAGCAACCCAAAUAUUACAACAAAGUCCAGCGUCACUCUGCAUCAUGCUGGCAGCAGUGCAGCAUCGUCAAAAGAUUCUUCCCACGACUCUGACCGAGACUGAAAUAUGGCUCAAGGACAAGCACAGGCUUCCCUCCUGGGUGCCAGACUGGAGAUGGUCUGAGGGAAUCAUAUUAGCGGAGCCGAUCUGCCCUCAUCGUGCGCACAGUGGCAGUUCGCCAAACAUGGUAUUGGAGGAAGCUGAUCUCAUGCUCCGGGUUCAUGGAGUUCAGAUUGAUGUUGUCAAACAAUGCACCGGAAAGCUGAGCUCGCGGGACUUUUAUACCAAGAAGACCUCCGACCAAUCUCUAACAACGCUGGAGUGGCUCUGGAAGGGGUUAUGCAGAAAAGCUGACUUCAAUUUGAGCGACGCCUACAUAAAUUCAGAAACGGCAUUUUUCGCUGUCGUGCAAACGUUGAGCAACGGAUGCGUACAAGCAGCAGGACACAACUCUACACCAUACCACGAAGUACCGAAAGAGGUAUGGCUGUGCAAGGCAGCGAGAUAUCUCAUAGACACCCACCAAGGAUCAACUGCUAUAUCAGAGGAGGUUAAGAGGGCUGCAGAAAUGCCAGAUUCUGAAAGCAAUUGGGAUCGAUGGGCAACUUCAGCUUCCGCGGGUCGAGUCUUUGCUACGACUCAGAAGGGAUAUUAUGUGCUCGGCCCAGCGGCGUUGGAAGGGGGCGAUAUUGUGUGUGUCUUGUUUGGUUGCAAAGUGCCUUUCUGUCUCAGACCUAUGGGCGGGCGCUAUUUGCUUGUUGGCGAGUGCUAUGUGCAUGGGUUGAUGAAUGGCGAAGCGAUGGACAUGUUGACUCGAAAUGAGCUUCAAGAAAGGGUCUUCGAUGUUGUUUGA